GCAAAAGAAUCCACUAAAACCUCGAAGACUACGCUAUAUAACGGCAAUUUCGAGCAAAAGUUGAUUGACAAUGGCGUAUCUACCCCCCCUCCCAACAAACACUCGGAUGGCCGUAGGGGAAGGCCGGCGAGUUUGAGUAAUAUCCAGAGCAGACUGCCUGUUGCGCGACCAUCUCUGUCAACAUCACAAUUGACAGGUGUAGACUUUGAUGCUUUACAACGAGCAUAUGCGAGGGAUUCUGGCGAGACUACGGUGUUGUCCAUGGUGCUCCCCUUCGUUGCUGGAAAGGAAACGAACCAUCGGUUCGAGGCUAACCUCCCAUUGAGUAAUCCUGCACCUUUUGAUAAAGACCUCAGUGAUCCCAAACCGGAUGUGUAUCACGGAGCGGCACCGUCGGCCAUCCAUCCACGCGUCCGCGCUGACGUUGACAAUUACACCAUUCCGUUAAAGGCUAACACUUGUCGUCCGGCUGCUCCUAAUUCCUUUAUAGAGGGCAAAGUGCGCAAGGACAGGCGGAUGCGGCAAAGAGACAAGCUCUAAUUGAUGAAGCAGUGGGUGCCCGAGCGAUGCAUAAACUGCAGUACCACGGAGCUAAGGAACCCGAAUAUGACAACGACGCAUAGAGUUUCAGCAGCACCUAUAAAGAUGGCCGUCUCCAGAUCUACACCACCCAUCUGGAAAAACCACUAGUUCUUGCAGGGCAACCUGAAUAUCAUAUU